CAUAUUCAGUUUACAAACAAACGGAGGCCACUACGGGCCAAGUAUACGAUUGCUGUCCAACCAGUCCCUGGUCCAACUUAAGAACUUUUCCUUGACUCUUGAAAGUUAUGAGCGACAAAACCUUUUACAUGUGUGAUUACUUUUAAACAGAAACCUGACCGCAUCUGUGAAACGCGAGACAUCAUGGCCGUUUGUGAAAGGGAAUAAUCCGAUUUUACCUUGAUGAGUAUGUAUAAACAUCGGAAGCAUCGAUUUGGUCUAUAGUUAACAGUCUCCUCACAGAAGACUUGAUCAGAACAUUGACUCGUUCCGUUGCAUCGAUUAAUUUGGUCGCCAUAAAAUUGGACGCCGGACAAAAGUGGUCGCGUAUAGUUUUGAUUCAAAGAAGAGCAGUACCUGGGGAGUUGCUAAGGGCGAUGCACAGCGAGCAGUGCACUCGACCGAGAAACUAUUCGCGGCACAACUACAUGUACAUGUAACUUUUACCCGUCUGCGAAACCGUAUGAUUUCAUCAUUUUGUUGCCAAGUAUUAAUAUUGUUUUUUCUUCUCGACGCAGGCCGAACUUGUACGUGACUGAGCUCGAAGUUUGACAUUUUAUGACCUGCGAAUGCCUGGUGUACAAUUCUGUAUCACUUUGAAACACAGUGUCUAGGAGUCCACAGUGUGCUUCGACACGAGGGGUUGGAAAGUUUGCGUAUAUCCCCUCAUGUUUCUGGAAAGUUUUGUUUAGAAUAUAUAUUUUUCACCACACGAUCUGUAUUCAUGUGGAGAAGAUGAGUCAACUUUCCAUGGAGAGGAAAUCAAGGUUUCUUCCUUGUAAACCUGAUGGAUUUGGAGAGAAAGAUAUCGAUACCAUAUAACCGAAAGAGAUUAGGUGUAUUAAAGCGACAAUCAUGACAGCCUCAUCAGCAAGGGCAGAGUCGGCGUCAUCCAGCAGUUCAGCGUCGUCGUCGUCGUCUUCAGAAUCGAGCUCGUCAGCAAGCGUUCCUGUCUCCCCGAUUAAUAUUCGUGAAAGAAUGGACACAGGACCAUCAAGACUCACAGAACAAUCAAGCGAAGAGGACGAGAACAAUGUAGAAUUUGAAUGUCCCUCGUUCGUCCGUGAUCGCACGAUCACGAGAGCACUCCACGAGUUCGAAGUCGAAGACGAGGAAAUCCCAGAACCUGAUUUCUCAUGGGACGUCAGAACGAUAUCCCACCAUCUUGCCAGAUACCUUGACGACCUCUGCGGAUGGGUACCCGACCCCAAAGUGCAAUACAGACGCGUGGCGCCCUCACCGGGAAAGAAUGGACAAAGGACCAAGGGUGCGACUAAGAGUGACCUUGAUGCGCAAAUGCGACGGUUGUCAAUGAAUUCGCGAGUGGCGAGUCGCAUGAAGGCCAUGACGAUGGAUUUCGAGUUUCGACAUUACCACAACCCUAAGAAAUACAUGGAGCAGUAUCGUAGGUUCCACACCUGUGGAGGACCUCUGGAAAAGUUGGCUGCUCAUGACGCUUCCCACGGGCGCAAGAGAAGUAUUUACUACGCAGGAGAUGCGUCUGCCGAGGUAGGCUUCAAGGUUGAAAACGUGCAACCGAAGCAGGAAACACGGUUGGCGACGGCUCAGUUACAACCAGUGGCUUCGGGAGAUAGACCUGAUGGUCAACAUCCACAGUCGCGUCAAAUACACAACUCUGAAUCAAGAAGCGAACAGAGCAGGAUAAACGAAACCAGUGUAUCUCCAGGAAAUACUUUGCCAAUAGCGGUGUCAUCACAGAAUACAGUAGUUAAUAAUGAGCCGAUGGCGGCCUUACCGCGGUAUUGCUCACUUACGGAAGCGGCCAACCGGAAACGGCAGGUAUAUAGCCACUGGAUGGGUAUUCCUGGUUCUCGCGUCCCAGGACCUUCUUCUGCUCCAAGAUCAACACGAGAGAGCGACCAGGCCAUGUCGUCGAACCUACCAACCAAAUUAUCAUCGACGGACGAUGCAAUGUCGCUUCCGCUCAAACCGCAGAGCUGCACCCCGACCGGAACGGGAUCAACCGCUGCUCCACCGAACAACGGCCUCAGGCAAACGUUUCACAAUCCACUGAUGACCAGUCCAACCGCUUCGUCGUCGGGGAAUGCCGGUGAUGCAACCCAUAAUACAUUGCAGUUUGGCAGUCCGCCAAAUGGACCGCAUGCUCUCUGGAAAGCAACUCAAUUUCCUCCCACAACUGACAAUCAUACUCUACCCGUCGCCUUUGGUCACGUGACACGUUUAAGCAAAAACACUUUGCUGAGGGCCAUUGAUGAAGAACUAAGCGAAUACGAAGAUCGGGACAUGGCAGGAAACUUUUCCACUGGGGUCACACUUGACGACAGUUGCUACGGUUAUCAGAGAAAUGGCAUGACGUCAUCAGAAGGGUCGGCAUUCCGAGACUUUUACUCACAUUUGCUGCAAGCCGCCCAUUAUCUGAGACUUGCCGGCAGACAGAAAUCGUUUGACAACGCAAACAAACACCAGAUGGGUCCCAAGCUUCAUAGCGGGCCAGUGCUCUACAAACCGCCGAAGACAAUCACUGUGACGUCACCUACGAACGAAACCCUCGCUCCUGGUUUCGCAGACAAAGCGGGUCUACCCUCUAACGUUGCCAUCGCCAAUGGACUCGGUGUCCGCGGUCAACGACUCAACUCGGCUACGAACCAGCAGCGUUCGUCGCACUCCGCAAACGCUUCGGCUGGAACGCGCCAUUUCGUCAACGCACCGGCGUUUAAGAGUAAGCAGGCUCGCUUCAACUCGUCCCCUGCAAAGAUGUCCAACAAAGACUCGGAUGCCGAAGCUGCCUUUUCAAGGAAGCGGUUCAUUUCUCUUGAGCCGCCUACUUCUUCAACGUUCAGAGAGAGCGCCACGAGAACGGGGCAACGGGAGACGGGGAAUAUGUUCCAUAUCUCUAUUCCUCACAAACCAUGCAAAGUCGAGGCUUCACAAGUCAACAAGGCCGCAGUGUGCCAAGCGGUAUGCUUUAAAUCUGCGAGUCAGGAGGCGCUCGCACUAGCCAAUGGUAAUGCGCCCAAGAAAUAAUAAUUAUGUAGCCACACUAGAAGUGCCGCCACCUAGUGAAGUUUCAAAGCCUUAUUUAUGUAUGAAAUAAAAUGCUUAUCUUUAAGAGGGCAGGUUUAUUACAAAUACUUCCUACAGCCUCAGUAAUUAGAAGAAAACAAAUCUUUUGUUGUUGUUGUUAUUUUGUAAGACACAUCAGGGAUGGCAGGGCCCCUUGACUUCAUAGAGCACCCAAGUAAUACCUUUUUCAGUACUAAUAAAAUACUGUCCAUCGAUUCCAAGAGAUCAUUUUCCCCUUGUGAAGUUGCAAAUAUAAAAGUACUACAAAGAUCUUUCUGAACGUAAAUGAGCCAAUUCUUAACAGUUUGUUACUAAGUACUAUACAAAUAUUGACUGACAGGGGGUGUAAUAUAACAUUCUUUAGACCGCUGUAGGCAGUUAUAUUUUCCAGGUGCUUAUAUUUUCCCUAGGGAAAAUAUAACUCCCUUCAGGACCGAAGAAUGUUAUAUACCCCCUGCCAGUCAAUAUAUGUUAUAUUAAAUAGCCUUGGUUUGAACAUUUAUUGAGGGGGGGGGGGCGGGUUUUUUGCCCGAAUUUUUGUUUCCAUUUUUUUUUUCGACCAAAAAAAAUUUAAUGAGAAAAGUGAGGAAGAAAAAAAAUUGGAGAACAAAAUUCAAGGACAUAACAAAAAAUUCGAGAAAAAAAUUCAUACAGUCCUCGAGAGGGCGACAUACAUUGAUUAAAAAUAUAUCCAUUUCACCAGCUGGUCAAUAUAUCCAUCGCAAUCGAUAUCACGUGACAAGCUCUGAACCAAUCACAUCUCGGUAUCUGUCUAAGCUAUCUAAUAUAACUACAUAUUAUCUUUUAUCCUCCCCCUCUCUUCUUUUUUGUUUUGCCAUAGUGUUAAAUGAUUGCUUUGCAUAAAAAUAUGGAAAAAAUGCUAAAAAUAAAGACACUGCUAGAAAAGUAUUGUUCUGUAUCAAAUGUUGAGUUUUGAUGUUUGCAGAUAUUAAAAGUAUUUUAUGAGAAAGGAAGAAAUAAAAUUACGAAAAAAUCUGACAAAAACUUCAUAGUACAAUCCUUGUUAUUUGACGCUUUUAUGCACAGAAUACAAUUGUACUCCUUCCUGGAAAUAUAGUGCCGAAAAUUAGCCUUUGGACUAACAUUUUAUCAUUUCUGUAGUUGCAAUUUUCUCAAAUUUCAGCAUAAUUUGGGGGUGUGAAAAAGCCCGGUAAAAUGUGUAUGGAUAAUGACCAAACAAAAAUAAUUAAGCUUGCUAAUGUCUCAACCAUUCUCCACACUUCAUUAUUGCUCUUGCCAAAUAUUCAUAGAAUUGUACUAUUAUGAGUGAAAAAAUAUUAUUUAUACACUGUGUUGAAAAAAAAUACAAAAAUAAAGAUGGUACUUACUGCAAAAUUA